AUGCUUCUGCCUGGACACGCGCGCCCGCCGCCCGCCCCGCAGCCCGCGCAGCAUCCUGGACUCCGCAGGCAGGUAGAGCCUCUCGGGCAGCUUCUGCGCCUCUUCUACUGCGCGGUCCUGGUCUGUUCCAAAGAGAUCGCAGCGCUCACGGACUUCUCCGGUUAUCUAACCAAACUCCUGCAAAACCACACCGCCUAUGCCUGUGAUGGGGACCAUUUGAAUCUACAGUGCCCUCGGCAUUCUACGAUAAGUGUCCAAUCAGCAUUUUAUGGGCAAGAUUACCAAAUGUGUAGUGCCCAGCAGCCUGCCUCCCAGAGGGAAGACAGCGUAGCCUGUGUGGCACCCACCACAUUGCAGAAGGUGCUGGACGAAUGCCAGAACCAGCGGGCCUGCCACCUCCUGGUCAAUAGCCGUGUUUUUGGACCUGACCUUUGCCCAGGAAGCAGUAAAUACCUCCUGGUCUCCUUUAAAUGCCAGCCUAAUGAAUUAAAAAACAAAACCGUGUGUGAAGACCAAGAGCUGAAACUGCACUGCCACCCUUCAAAGUUUCUCAACAUCUACUCGGCGAGCUACGGCAGGAGGACCCAGGAGAGGGACAUCUGCUCCUCAGAAGCAGAGCGGCUUCCCCCCUUUGACUGCCUGUCUUAUUCGGCUUUGCAAGUAUUAUCCAGGAGGUGCUAUGGGAAGCAGAGAUGCAAAAUCAUGGUCAACAAUCACCAUUUCGGGAGCCCCUGUCUGCCAGGAGUGAAAAAAUACCUCACUGUCACCUAUGCAUGUGUUCCCAAGAACAUACUCACAGCGAUUGAUCCAGCCGUUGCUAAUCUAAAACCUUCUUUGAAGCAGAAAGAUGGUGAAUAUGGUAUAGACUUUGACCCAAGCAAACCGAGGGUUCUAAGGAAAGAUGGAGUUAUUGUUAGCAACUCUCUGGCAGCAUUUGCUUACAUUAGAGCCCACCCCGAGAGAGCCGCAUUGCUCUUCGUGUCCAGUGUUUGCAUCGGUCUGGCACUCACAUUGUGCGCCUUGGUCAUCCGAGUGUCCUGCACCAAGGACUUCAGGGAGCUGCAGCUGACGAGGGAGCACCUGGUGCCAGAAAGUGCCAAGGCUGAGGAAGACAGUGAGGAUGAAGAGGGGGAGGAGGACUCCUCUGACUCCGAUUUUCCAGGAGAACUGUCUGGGUUUUGUAGGACUUCGUAUCCUGUCUACAGUUCCAUAGAGGCCGCAGAGCUGGCAGAAAGGAUUGAGCGCAGGGAGCAAAUCAUCCAGGAAAUAUGGAUGAACAGUGGUUUGGACACUUCACUCCCAAGAAAUAUGGGCCAGUUCUACUGAGAAAGAGAUGCGUCUUCGUGCGAUCAUACUUUCUGAAGAGGGAAGGAUCCAAAAUGCCCCUCCAGUUCUGUUUCACUUGUACCUUCUAUGAAGGAGUAUUUGUCAGGUCAUCCAAUACUGGUGAAGCCAGAAGCUAUUAAAGGGACAUUUCAAACUGUUUACAGCGCAUUUCAAAAUAAAUUAGGAGGGAGGUCUUUGUUUUCU